UUCUGCUGUUGAAAAUGAAAUCACGAAUUAGUCACAAGUCGGUAGCGAUGUGAGCCGGACGCCACGCUCUUUGCUUGCCUUCGCGCUCUUUCGCGCCGCGGCCGGUUCCCCGCGGAUUUAGGCCAAGUGUUUCUCUUUCCUUCCUGGCCACAAACGUAACUCUAUCCCUUUCUCCUAGUGCUACUUUCAUUGAUGUAAUCAGUUCAAUGUUUACACUUAGAUAUCAGGUGAUGAAAAUUCAUUGUGUUUUGAAUGCUGAUAAAGGAUUUCUCAGCUGGGUGCCGAGCUUUAUGUAGGUAUGGGCGACGUGAUAUCGAGUCGCCAUGCCGAUUCUACGCAACGCUGAUCACCCCGCGUCGCAGGCCACCGACUCGGUGAGCCUGCGCUACGCGGUGGCCGUGCUAGGGGCCUGGGCUGCCGAAGGAGCUACGUACCCCUUCGACUUGACGAAGACGCGGCUGCAAAUUCAGUCCGAAGUCGCAGCCGCUAACAAAGCCGGAUAUAAGAUCGAGAACCAUGGCAUGAUAAAAACAGCAGUUGGCAUCGCAAAACAAGAAGGCGUCCUAAAACUAUGGAGUGGCCUGAUGCCCAUGUUCCAACGACACAUCAUAUACUCGGGCAGCCGUCUCAUCUUCUAUGAAGAAUUCAGAAACAGGUUCAAGGAUGAAGAUGGAAAAACGUCUUUGAAAACCGCGUCUUUGGGCGGGCUGGCGGCGGGUGCGCUGGCGCAGCUCGUGGCGUCGCCCACGGACCUGGUGAAGGUGCAGAUGCAAGCCGAGGGUCGCAGAGUUCUGCAGGGCAAGCCGCCGAGGUAUACUGGCUGCUGGCAGACGUACAAGUUGCUGUAUAAGGAGACCGGGAUCCUGGGCUUCUGGAGAGGUGCCGUCCCAAACGUGCAACGGGCAGCGCUAGUCAACAUGGGCGACUUAGCAGCCUAUGACUAUAGCAAACAAUUCCUGAUGCGGGAAUUCGGCAUGGCAGACAACGCAUUGGUGCAUGCCGGAGCGGCGUUCGCGGCCGGUUUUGUAGCUGCCGUUGUGGGCACUCCGGCAGACGUGAUGAAGACCCGCCUGAUGAAUCAGCCCAUCGGUCCGGAUGGGAGGGGUGUCCUGUACCGUGGCAUGAUCGAUUGUCUCCAGCAAUCAGUGAAGAACGAAGGCAUUUUGUCCUUGUACAAGGGCUUCUUGCCCCUCUGGAUGCGAUUAGGCCCGUGGGCGCUGAUCAACUGGAUGGCUUUUGAAAACAUCAUGCUUGCCUUAGGGGGAAAGACAUUUUAGAAAACAGAACAUCCGUUGCUGAAGUUAAUAGAAAUACUUAAGCAAGACA